AACUAUAAUUGCACAAAAUUCUCUGAAAGCACUAGCUCUUUCCACAAUAGAUUUGAUGAAUUUCGUUGACAGGCAGGGUCGCAGAUGUAGUUGACAGGAGCAUUCGAUACUACUGCAUUCGAUAAACGACCUUUGUAGACCACUGAAGUUCUAGAAUCUUCAGAUCCGGCAGUUAUAGUAGAGCAAGAAUAUGGCUUCAGCAAACGGCUUUGGUGCUACGAGCUCUACUUCGAAUAACACUUACAACUUACGCUACUGCAACUCCUGGAGCGAAAGUUCUACAACUACUGGACAUGGAUCUUCAGUCUUCUGAUGUGCAAAAGCUGUACAAUUUGGAUCUGACUAACAGUAACACAGAUCCAGGAACUCUGUAGUCAGCAUUCAUUAAUUCUUACCAAGCGGCGUGUCGAGGAACCUUUUCCGGAACAACAGGGGAAGAUUAUACUCCCAGCAUACUUGCAAGGCGGAGUUAUGAACGAGAUGGGAGAAGAGAGCAUAAUGUCCUCUUCUAGAAGAACUUUGUUGAACAUAUAAUUGCAAAAUUUUCUAGGCUACAUCUCUUACCAGCAGUAAUGGCUUCUUUCUAAGUAGAAAAUUACUGGAGAUUGAUAUGUACUGCUACUUGUAAGAUUGAACUUGAACAAGGAUAUUAUCAAAGCUCACUCUAAUUAUCCCGCAACAGCAGCAGCCAUAGCCAAUAUGAGUUCACAUUACGACCCAACAAAGCACCACGUGGAACAAGGGGAGCCUGUUUCACCGUUAACGAAAGAAGAAAUAAAGGCAGACGAGCUCUUUGGUCGGUGGAUUAUGCGCAGAUUCAGCGAUGGCUCGAUCUUCGAAGGCCGAAUAGUAAGCGUGGACGUCACAAACGAAGGAGAGAGAUUGUACUUAUGAUCUACUGUUGAUGUGGACGUCACAAACGAAGGAGAGAGAUUGUACUUAUGAUCUACUGUUGAUGUGGUGGCUAUCUUCUUUGAAUUGCUCGUGUACAACUUGCUCCAGCAUCAAAUCAUUGGACGUGUUCUACUUGAAUCCAGUGUUUAUUGUUCAUCUAUAACAGAUAAAAGUCUACAACUUCUUGAGAAGAUCCUCGUAUUUGCAGUGUUCACUCGCACAGGUACCUAAGAAUUGUCCAACAACUUUAAGUCUACUCAAUCAAACAGGUACCUAGUCCAGUACCGAGAUGGCGACUUGGAGCAUUUGACAUUGGAAGACGCACGCCGUUACCUCAACGAAGACUAUGA